AUGAACAACAUAAUUAUGUCAAGUAAUGGAUCCACUUAUGCCUUAUAAACUUAAUUAGGUAGUGGUUCAUUUGGAACAGUAUAUCAGGUCUUAGAUCUGAGAACAAACAAGUAUUAUGCUUGCAAAAUAGUAUUUAAAUUUUAUUAAAAUAUAGAUUUCAAAAGGAUUGUUAUAUAAAUAUAAUGCAGAAUCAAUGAUUAGAUAAGAAAUUAAAAUCUAAUCAACAUUAAAUCAUAAAAACAUACUCAAAGUAUAUCAUUCUUUCGAAGACAAUCAAAAUAUUUAUAUCAUUUCUGAAUUCUGUUCUGGUGGUUCAUUAUAAACUCCAAAGACUCCAUUCUAAGAAAAAGAUGUUUUUAACAUUUGUAUAUCUAUAUUAGGUGCACUGGAUUGUUUGCAUUAGAAUAAAAUAAUUCAUAGAGAUUUGAAAGUAAUAUAAUAAUUAUAUCUUCUAAAAAUAGUUAGAAAAUAUUUUUCUUCAUGAGGAUGGAACAUAUAAACUGGGAGACUUUGGUUGGGCUACUUAUAUCGAUAAAGUGGAGCCCAUUCUUUGUGGAACUACCGAAUAUAUGCCACCAGAGGUUGUGUUAAAAUAAUAUCAUGAUUAUAAAGUAGAUUGCUAUUCACUUGGAGCAUUAAUUUAUGUAAUAUAUAAAGAAUAUAUUAUUAUUUUUAGAUCUUAUUGCAUACUCAUUUUCCAUUUUAAGCAGAUUCUUAGCCUGAUUUAAUUGCCAAAAUAACCAGUUAAGAAGUGAUUGUUAAUAGUAAUAUUAAUGAAGAUUUAUAAAUUCUAAUACAAGCAUUAUUGACUAAGGAUCCUAAUGAUAGACCUACAAUUCAAUAAUUAUACUUAAGUAGAUGGAUAAAAAGUUAGAUGAAAUAAAAUAAUAUAUUUAACAAAUAUGAGAAUGAAUAAUUAAAAAACAAAUUUAGAAAUAAAAAAAUUACAAUUAAGACUUUAGAAGUGAAGUAAAUAUUUAUAUUUUAUAUAUUUCAAAGUGGAUCAAUUAAAAGUAGUUUAUCAGAUAGUCAAAAAAGCUCAUUAACUCAUAGUUCUAGUACUCAAAUAAGUUCAUCUAAUAAUCCUUGUUCUCCUAUUGCUAAUAAAGGAAUUAUUGAUUAGAUAUUCAAUUUUAAGGAAUUUGAUCAUAUCAACUCUGUGCCAUAACCUAAACUUUAUUGA